AUGACUGGAGCUGAACGCCGCACUGUUACUUGCCCGGUAGCUUGGGCGCAUCAAGCGAGUAUUGGAUCCUCAUCUCAAGAUUGUUGGGACUUACGGCUGGACCGACUCGAUGAUAGUCCUAUCCUGAUCCGCACCAUAGUGCCUGAUUGUAAGUGGAGCCAUAUUGAGUCGACAAACUAUCCUGCCGAUUGUGCGUCAAGAGGUGUGAUGCCUUCAGAACUCGAGAAGUUAUCCCUCUAUUGGCAAGGUCCUGCGAUUCUUCGGGCCAAUCCAUCUACGUGGAUAAAUCUCGUAGCUCCCAUGCCAUUGUGCAGCUUACCUGAAGUGUUACCAGUUUCUAUCACAACUCGAAUCGACCCGCACGACUGUCUAGAAGAAUGGUUCGACCGUUUUUCAUCAUAUGACCGCAUGAUUCGCGUCACCACCAUAAUGCACCGUUUCAUCAACCGGUGCCGUCGUUGCGAUCUUGAACCACCUCCAACGAAGUGUCUGAGUCUGGUUGAGGUCGACUGUGCAACUCGCAGUAUUAUCAGAGAGUCUCAACGUAUUUACUUCUCUGACCUAUUACGUGAGCUAUCAAAUGGGACCAGAGUAUCAUCAAAACCGUUGGCUCGUUUAACUCCGUUCGUCGACGAUGUUGGAAUCAUCCGAGUUGGUGGUCGCCUUCGUCAUUCCAACCUAUCGUACGAGUGUAAACACCCAAUGUUAAUUGCCAAGCGCUCUCAUCUAGCGCUAUUGAUUUGUCGUCGGUGGCAUCGUCUAACGUGCCACUCCGGCCCCCGUGUCAUGAUAUCACUUAUUUUACGCCAAUACUGGAUCAUCGCCAUCCGCUCGGUUGUACAUGAAGUGGUGACAAAAUGUUCUGUAUGUGUUCGUUUAGCUGCAAAACCUCCUCAACCUUUGAUGGCGGACCUCCCUGCUGCACGCGUGCAACAAGCUGUCCACCUUGAAGUGGUGUCGGACUUGUCAACAGAUGCGUUCUUGGCAGCGUUUGACCGUUUCGUCGGCCGUCAUGGGCUCCCCAGUGAGGUAUACUCCGACUGCGGAACAAACUUCGUAGGUGCUGACAAGCAACUGCAAGCGCUUAUUAACAGCCCACAAGGUCAGCUCGCCAUUACUACCAACUCUCGUCCACACUGUAAAUGGCUUUUUAACCCCCCCAGUGCUCCGCAUUUUGGUGUGUUAUGGGAGGCGGUUGUCCGGUCCACUAAACGUUUGUUGGUUCGCACAAUGAGCACCCACGUCUUCACCUACGAAGAGUUCAGUACUGUCCUGAUCCGCAUCGAAGCCGUCCUCAACUCUCGACCACUGACGCCCGCAUCCACAGACUCUCAUGAUUUGGAGUGUCUCAUACCUGGGCAUUUCCUCAUUGGACAACCACUGCUCGCCGUUCCACCUCGUUCCAACCCAGAUGCUACCCGUAAUUUGACCAAUCGGUGGAAGUUACUGGACCAGUGCCAUCAAGCUUUUUGGAAACGUUGGUCAGCGGAGUACUUGACAACGCUCCAAGAACGCGUCAAAUGGACAGAUCGUGUCCCUAACAUAAAGGUCAACGACAUGGUCGUCGUGGUUGACAAUCAAGCACCACCUUUAUUAUGGCGUCUAGGGUGCAUCAUUGAACUAUUGCCAGGACCCGAUGGAACCGUGCGAGUUGCGUCGGUGUUAACGCAUCAGGGACGCAUCACACGACCAGUAGUUAAACUGGUUGUGCUACCGACCGACUGA